CCUUCUCUUCCUCUCUCUCUCUCUCUCUCCUCUCCGCCCCUCGCCCUCGCAAAUGCAACCCGUUUCUCCUCUCUCGGAAUGGAACCUUCGAGAAAGAAGCUUCUCAACUCCCUCCUCUCCUUCUCCUCCUCCACUCGCUUCUCCCGAAACGUCCCCUUCCUCCGCCGCCCCUUCCAAACCCUACCUCCUCCCCCUUCCCCUCUCUCCUCCCAUGGCGAUCGCCGCUUCCUCUGCUCCAUCUCCUCCCUCCUCCUCCUCCCCCAUCAUCCGAGCACCUCUUUAAGAUACUUCUCUUCGGUUUCCCCUCGCCCGGAGAUCGAAUCGAGGGAGGAGGAGGGGGAGAAGAAGAAACCCCCCUCGCCGUCGCUCUCCGACGACGAGAGCUACCGCGAUCGCCUCCUCGAGAUCCACCACGAGAAGCAGAGCCGAUUCGUACCCGUCAAGGCCUACUUCCUCUCCACCAGUAUUGAUUUGAGGAGUUUGCAGUCUCAGAACGCUUUCAAUGUAAUUCCCCCAAAUUCUCGUGCCACUAAUUACGUUGUGCUCAGAUAUUACGAUGUUAAGGGCGAUCCACAUGAAUUGGAAGCUGGUUUCGUUAAUGAGAGUCACUGCCACUACAUGAUAGUUUUUCAAUACGGUUCAGUUGUCUUAUUUAAUGUCUCUGACCAUGAGGCGGAUGGAUAUCUGAAAAUCGUCGAGAAACAUGCAUCUGGUUUGCUCCCGGAGAUGCGAAAGGAUGAUUAUGCGGUAGUGGAGAAACCGACUUUGGAGACAUGGAUGCAGGGUGGGCUUGACUAUAUUGUGCUUAAGAACUUAAGCAUAGAUGGGAUUCGCACCAUUGGAAGCGUUCUUGGUCAGAGUAUAGCUCUUGAUUACUAUAUUCGGCAAGUUGAUGGUAUGGUGGCUGAGUUCACUGACAUCAACCGCGGCAUGGAAAAAACUGGGACAUUCACCAUGAAGCGGAAAAAACUUUUCCAGUUGGUAGGAAAGGCAAACACUACUUUGGCAGAUGUGAUUCUUAAGCUUGGUCUUUUUGAGAGGUCAGACAUUGCUUGGAAAAAUGCCAACUAUGCUCAGAUAUGGGAGUAUCUUCGGGAUGAAUACGAGCUAACACAAAGAUUCGGGAACCUUGACUUCAAGUUGAAGUUUGUUGAGCACAAUAUACGGUUUCUUCAGGAGAUCCUUCAAAAUAGGAAAUCGGAUUUCCUGGAAUGGCUAAUCAUCAUCUUGAUAAGUGUAGAGAUCCUCAUUUCUGUCUAUAACAUUGCUCAGGAUCAAUUAUGAAAUUACGGUUGUUGCAAUGAAAUUACACUAUCUUCUUCGGCACUCUUUGUGUAGAUACUAUCAAUCUUUAGGACUUGAUUUAGAAGUAUGAAAAUGAGUUCGCAGUCUUGGGUUCCCAGAUGUCCAGGAUAGAUAGUACUUGGGUGCAUUGCUUAAACUUAUCCGCCUUGCGAUCAAGAUGAGUAGAAAAAUUGGAUAUUAUACGACAUCAAAUGUCGGAUAAAAAUGGAUAGAUAAGAAGUUGGAAUCCGAGGUCCCUAAAGCAAGUGGAAAAGAGCUUGGUGGUUGGUAUCCGAGGUCUCAAGUUCGAAUUCUAGUUGAUUUACAUUUCUAGCUAAGUUUAUUUUAAAUAAAAUAAACGAAGCGGAUAGCGUGCUAUCUAUUUCUCAAAAAAAAAAAAUGGACAGAUAAAAAGGGAUCUACCGUUUCUUUUAUUAAUGGAUUACCGAAAAGGAGUUGGAGGAUUCUUUCUAUUGUAGAGGUUCUAAUACCUGCUGGAGUACUUUGUGAAUGUAUCAUACAUUUAUUCCGUUUUAUUUUAUUUUUCUUUGACUAGCUAA